UCCAUGAGGAGCAGUGGAAGAUGCCGGCUCUGCCAGCACUGCUGCUGUCGAUUUACAUCCCCGCCCUCCUGCUGACCGUGGCCCCGCUCCUCUGCAGCCAGGCCGACUCCCUCUCUGCCGUCCGGAUGGCGGCCAUUUUGGACCAUCAGUCGGCAUGUGGUCGUGGUGAGCGCAUGGCGUUGGGCCUGGCGAGGGAGAACAUCAACAGUCUGAUGGACGUGUCCUCCAAAGCCAGGGUGGAGGUGGACGUGUACGAGCUGCAGAAGGACUCCCAGUACGACACCACUGACACCAUGUGUCAGAUCUUACCAAAGGGCGUGGUUUCAGUGAUUGGUCCCGCCGCUAGCCCCGCCUCCGGAUCCACCAUCAGUCACAUCUGUGGGGAGAAGGAGAUCCCUCACGUAAAGAUCGGUCCGGAGGAAAACCCAAAGCUGCCGUACCUUCGCUUCGCCUCUGUGACUCUGUACCCGAGUAACGAGGACCUGAGCCUGGCCAUCGGGUCUAUGCUGCGCUCCUUCGGAUACCCCACCACCAGCCUUGUGUGUGCCAAGGCAGAGUGCCUGCUGCGAUUGGAGGAGCUGGUCCACCGCUUCCUCAUCUCCAGGGAGACGCUGUCAGUGCGAAUGCUGGACGACAGCCUGGACCCCACCCCCCUGCUGAAGGAGAUCCGUGAUGACAAAGUGGCCACCAUCAUCAUCGACGCCAACGCCUCCAUCUCCUACCACAUCCUCAGAAAGGCGAACGAGCUGGGGAUGACGUCAGCCUUCUACAAGUACAUCCUCACCACCAUGGACUUCCCUCUGCUGCGGCUGGAUGACGUGGUGAACGACCAGUCCAACAUCCUGGGCUUCUCCAUGCUGAACAGCACUCACCCUUUCUACCUGGAGUUCAUCCGCAGCCUCAACCUCUCCUGGAGGGAAGGCUGCACCCUCAGCCCCUACCCCGGCCCCUCGUUGUCCUCGGCCCUGAUGUUUGACGCGGUCCACGUGGUGAUGAGCGCCGUGCAGGAGCUGAACCGCAGUCAGGAGAUCGGAGUGAGGCCGCUGAGCUGCACCUCUCCGCUCAUCUGGCAGCACGGAACCAGCCUGAUGAACUACCUGCGCAUGGUGGAGUACGAUGGUCUGACGGGUCACAUAGAGUUCAACAGCAAAGGCCAGAGGACCAAUUACACCCUGAAGAUCCUGGAGAAACACCCUGCGGGACAUAAAGAGAUCGGUACCUGGUUCUCCAACAACACGUUGGCCAUGAACUCCACGUCCCUGGACCUGAACGCCUCGGACACGCUGGUUAACAAGACGCUAAUCGUGACCACAAUACUGGAGAACCCGUACGUGAUGCGGAGGUCCAACUACCAGGACUUCCAGGGAAACGACCAGUACGAGGGCUUCUGUGUGGACAUGCUCCGAGAGCUGGCCGGCACCCUGAAGUUCUCCUUUAAGAUCAAGCUGGUGGACGACGGGCUGUACGGGGCCCCGGAGCCCAACGGCAGCUGGACCGGCAUGGUGGGGGAGCUGAUCAACCGGAAAGCAGACGUGGCUGUGGCCGGCUUCACCAUCACCUCAGAGAGAGAGAAGGUGAUCGAUUUCUCCAAACCCUUCAUGACUCUGGGGAUCAGCAUCCUCUACCGGGUUCAUCUGGGCCGGAAGCCGGGGUACUUCUCCUUCCUGGACCCCUUCUCUCCGGCCGUGUGGCUCUUCAUGCUGCUGGCCUACCUCGCCGUCAGCUGCGUCCUCUUCCUCGCUGCCAGGCUCAGCCCCUAUGAGUGGUACAACCCCCACCCCUGCCUGCGGGAGCGGAGGAAUGUUCUGGAGAACCAGUACACGCUGGGGAACAGUCUGUGGUUCCCGGUGGGGGGCUUCAUGCAGCAGGGGUCAGAGAUCAUGCCCCGAGCCCUCUCCACCCGCUGCGUCAGCGGGGUGUGGUGGGCGUUCACCCUCAUCAUCAUCUCAUCCUACACGGCCAACCUGGCAGCGUUCCUGACCGUCCAGAGGAUGGAGGUUCCCAUCGAGUCUCCUGAUGAUCUGGCUGAUCAGACCAACAUCCGGUAUGGAACCAUCCACGGAGGCUCCACCAUGACCUUCUUCAUGAACUCUCGGUACCAGACGUACCAGCGCAUGUGGAACUACAUGUACUCCAAGCAGCCCAGCGUGUUCGUGAAGAGCACCGAGGAGGGCAUCGCCCGCGUCAUCAACUCCAAGUACGCCUUCCUAAUGGAGAGCACCAUGAACGAGUACUACCGCAGCCUGAACUGCAACCUGACCCAGAUCGGAGGCCUGCUGGACACCAAGGGAUACGGCAUCGGCAUGCCUCUGGGCUCUCCCUACAAAGAGGAGAUCACUCUGGGGAUCCUACAGCUGCAGGAGAGCAACCGGCUGGAGAUCCUGAAGAGACGCUGGUGGGAGGGGGGGCAGUGUCCCAAAGAGGAGGACCACCGGGCCAAAGGUCUGGGCAUUGAGAACAUUGGGGGGAUCUUCGUGGUUCUGAUCUGCGGCCUCAUCAUCGCCGUCUUCGUGGCCAUCAUGGAGUUUGUUUGGUCGACGCGGCGCAGCGCAGAGACGGACGAGGUAAAUCUUCAUCAUCACCCUCCUCUUCCUCUCUCAGCCUCCUCCUGCCCCGCCCCCGGCCUCCACCUCAGCUCUAACACCUCAGUCUCAGUGUGUCAGGAGAUGCUCUCAGAGUUCCGUAGCGCUGUCUCCUUUAAGAAGAGUUCCCGCUCCCGCCGGCGCCGGCCCCUCAGCAGCGCGGGGGGGGGCGUCCUGCGCCACCCCUCCCGCCUGGCUCUGGCCACGCCCCGCCCCAUCCGCCUGGUGCGGGAGAUGCGCCUCAGCAACGGCAAACUGUACCGGGGGGGGCCCGGCUCGCUGGGGGGGGGCCUGGGAGGAGGCCCCGAUCUGGGCCCGGGGCCCCAGAGGCUCCUGGAGGACCCGCUGGGCGCCAACACCAGCACGCCGCCUCCACCCCCCCCUCCCCCGGUUUCGGCCCUGGUGGCCCCCCCCGCCCCGCUGCGCAGCUUCCUGUCGGGCUGCAGCCACGUGCGCGUCUGCCAGGAGUGCCGGCGCAUCCAGAGCCUGAGGAGCGCCCUGCCUCCCCCCCCCUCCUCCUGCUCUCGCAUCCCCCCCCCUCACCACCUCCGCCACAACCCCCACCCCCACCUGCACUAUCACCACGGCUCCAUGUCGUUGCCCCGCCUCCCCCCGCUGCCCCCCCCCAUCCCAGCAGACAGAGCCGACAGUGACGGGGGCCCGCAGGAGGCCAAUACAAAACCCCCCCCACCGCCCCGGCCCCUGCCUCUCCCUAAGACACCCAUGUGCACCCCCACAGACUUAUUGAUGGGGCACAACUGA